GGAGCGGCGGUGAGCAGCGCCUGUCCCGCCCGCUCCGCUCGCACCGCCGGGCACGGCCCUCCCGAGGGCGAGCAGGCACAGCCAGGGGACAGCGACACCCCCAGCGCCCCCCGCGCGUCGGCGGAGCCAUGAGCUGGGGCACGGAGCUGUGGGACCAGUUUGACAACUUAGAAAAACACACUCAGUGGGGUAUUGAUGUUCUGGAAAAGUACAUCAAGUUUGUAAAAGAAAGGACAGAGAUUGAACUCAGCUAUGCAAAGCAGCUUAGGAAUCUUUCAAAGAAAUACCAACCCAAGAAGAACUCCAAAGAGGAGGAAGAAUACAGGUACACAUCAACUAGAGCCUUCCUAGCCACUUUAAAUGAGAUGAAUGACUAUGCUGGCCAGCACGAGGUCAUUUCAGAGAACAUGACCUCUCUGAUCACCGCGGAGUUAACGCGCUACGUGCAGGAGCUGAAACAGGAGAGGAAAUCGCACUUCCAUGAUGGCAGAAAGGCACAACAACACAUUGAAACUUGCUGGAAACAACUUGAAGCAAGUAAAAGGCGGUUUGAGCGUGAUUGCAAAGAAGCUGAUCGAGCACAGCAGUAUUUUGAGAAAAUGGAUGCUGACAUCAACGUGACAAAAGCAGAUGUUGAAAAGGCAAGGCAGCAAGCCCAGCUGAGACAUCAGAUGGCAGAAGACAGCAAAGCUGAAUAUUCUUCCACCCUACAGAAGUUCAACAGUGAACAGCAUGAGCAUUACUACACACACAUACCAAACAUCUUCCAGAAAAUCCAAGAGAUGGAGGAAAGGAGAAUCGUGAGGAUAGGUGAAUCCAUGAAAACCUUCGCCGAAGUCGACCGCCAGGUGAUCCCCAUCAUUGGCAAGUGUCUGGAUGAGAUAACAAAGGCUGCAGAAUCAGUGGAUCACAAGAAUGAUUCCCAGAUGGUAAUAGAAGCCUUUAAAUCAGGGUUUGAGCCUCCUGGAGACGUCGACUUUGAGGAUUUCACGCAGCCCAUGAAGAGGACAGUGUCUGAAUCCAGCCUUUCCAACUCCAGAGGGGAUGGCAAGUCAGAGCCCAAGUUUGGUAGCAAAUCCAAGGGCAAGUUAUGGCCAUUCAUCAAGAAAAAUAAGAUAAUAGAAACGCUACUGGGCACUAAGCUUAUGUCCCUUUUAACAUCCCCCCAUCAGCCCCCUCCUCCUCCCCCUGCCUCUGCCUCACCCUCUGCUGUUCCCAACGGCCCCCAGUCUCCCAAGCAGCAAAAGGAACCCCUCUCCCAUCGCUUCAACGAGUUCAUGACCUCCAAACCCAAAAUCCACUGCUUCAGGAGCCUAAAGCGCGGGCAGACACAGUCUUUGUAUAUUCACAAAGAACUCAUGAAGAGGACUUUAGGGACACCCACGUGUGCCAUUGAGGCUAGGGAAUAUGUUCUUUCUCUCAAGCUGAUAAAUCUGAAUACACAGGUCUGGAGUCUAAUAGAGGGAGCAGGCCCAGAAGACUUCAGCAAUCUCCCACCUGAGCAAAGAAGAAAGAAACUUCAGCAAAAGGUGGAUGAACUAAACAGGGACAUUCAGAAAGAGAUGGAUUCAAGAGAUGCCUUAACAAAGAUGAAAGAUGUGUACAUCAAGAACCCCCAGAUGGGAGAUGCAGCGAGUGUGGACCUCAGACUGGCAGAGCUGGGGCAGAACAUUGAAAAGCUGCGGUUAGAAGUUCAGAAAUUCGAGGGCUGGCUGGCCGAGGUGGAGGGGCGGCUGCCGGCGCGGACGGAGCAGCCCCGGCGCCAGAGCGGGGUGUACGAGGCACAGAACCCGGCAGCAGUGAACAGCUGUGCCCAGGACAGAGAGAGCAGCCCCGAUGGCAGUUACACAGAAGAGCAAAGCCAGGAGACUGAGAUGAAAAUCCCUGCAACAGACUUUGAUGAUGAGUUUGAUGAUGAAGAACCACUACCCACCAUAGGAACAUGUAAAGCUCUCUAUACAUUUGAAGGUCAGAAUGAAGGAACAAUCUCUGUAGCAGAAGGAGAGAUGCUCUAUGUAAUAGAAGAGGACAAGGGUGACGGGUGGACGCGGAUCCGGAGGAACGAAGAUGAGGAGGGCUAUGUCCCCACCUCCUAUGUUGAAGUCUAUUUGGACAAAAAUGCCAAAGAUUCCUAAAGGUGUUUGUGCUGGUGCAAGAACCUCGGGGCGAGCUUGUCACAGAAGGAGAAACACAAUGGUCUGUUUACCCUGCAGGCAGUUAAAACACACCCAUGGAAAGCCAGACUCCCAGUCUUGUCUGGAGUUCCCACUUGAAAAAUUCAGAGCUAAAUUCCAUCCCAGUGCCAUUCAGAUGCUUGCUCUUUUCCAUGGCAUGCUACUUGUGACUUGGAUUUCCUUAUCAGCCUCUCCCACUCUGCUGCCAGCCUGGCACAGCCCCCCUGUCAAACACAACACACACUUCUCCCAGCCCAAUCCCUUCUGUCAGAGAACUGCUGCCUGCCCUUGGAUGCAGGGGGUAGCCAGAGAGUCCCAAGCAUGUUCUGGUCUGUUUUCUGUCCCCCUGUCCCUCAGUCCAUCUGGGUGUACACCCUGGUCCAGCAGCAUUUCACACGGUGCCUUUAGUGCUGAGCCUGCAGCUCCUCUCUGGAGCGGGGAAAGGAGGAGAAAACCUCCCCUGGACCAGUGGUGCAGCAGCUGGACUGGGCUCUCAAUUUGUCAAUAUUAAACCUGAUCCACAUGCAUUAUUCAACAUUCUGCCUUCCCCAAAAGGUCACUAAUACUUGUCAGCCUUUAUUUCUCUUUUUUCAAAUCCAGGCUGAUGCUCAUUCCAAGUAUUAAACCCCUCUGACCCUGCUGUUUCCUGAAACCCUUGAAGCUCACGUAUGUACUUGUUUUCCUGCUUGUUCUCUCUGCCCCCUCCUGUGUCCCUGCUGUUCCUCACACACACACAGACACACACACAGACACAGACAGUGGCAUUUUGGUUGGCAGCCCUUGCUGCUGCUCACAGGCCCCGUUUGGCUCUGGUUCCAGCCUGCAUGCUCGCCCUGUUGCCUUGCCUGCGCCCACCUUCCUCAGGGUCACGUUAUUUUGUGGCUCGUGGUUUAAUCUCUCUGCAGUUUUUCUUUUUGGUUGGUUUGUUUUUCAGCAUUUCAGACCUGCCUUCUUCUUUUUGCAUGACCUCCUGUGCGUUGUCAUCGGUUCAUGUUGGAAUAACGGAGUUUUUCUAGAUAAAUAAAAGAGGAAAGGAAAAAAAAAAAAAAGAAACCGCACUGUUUCCUUCUCCCAUCUUGUCGUGGACUGGACCUGGACCCAGCAGCCAGACAGGAAUUGUGACCACCCUGUUCUCACAUGGUUUGGUUUGAAGCAGAAGUAGGAUAAGUGAUUCUGCACUUUAUCAUGACAUACAGUGGUAAGAGAGCUACACUAUCUCCAAAAUUCACAUGAUCUGGACUUCAACUGCCUAAUAAAGGGUCAACGUCCCUCUAAACUUCUACAAACUUCUCUCUUCUCACUUGGUUUCCCCUGAAUUGUUACCAUUGUUUGGGUUUUACAGUCAUGGACAUGUUUGAGCCCUGCAAGAGUCAGUUGCCACUUGAUAGCUCCUGAGGGCCAAAUUUAUUCAUGGAUCCACACCUUGUCUGUGGGAAUCUCCUGGCUCUAGUGCAACUCCAGCGUUCUCUGUACAAUUCCUGCAAGUUAAGAAAUUUUAUAUGGAAGCCACUAUGGGCAGUGACCCCAAACUGAAACCUCUCAGGGUUUGUUUGCAGGCAGGUGAGUGUUGUUUUGCUGCCUGCUGGGCUGUCCUGCAGGGUCAGCACAUCAAAACACAUCCCAGAAUCUCAGACUCUCCAUGUGGGAUGAAGUGAUUUUUGAGCUGGGUUAUGUGUGGUGUUCAUAUUUCUGUCCCUUUCUCUCCAGUUAAGAUGCCAAGUCUUGUUUUUACAAAGUCCCUUGGUGCUACAGUUCAUCCUGUAGCUGUUGUGAUUGGUGCUUAAGAGUUGCCAGGAUGAACCAGCAGAAGGUUUGUGAUUUAAACCCACCCUAAAUGUGCUGAGCACAGGCAGCACCAAUGCUGGGGCUGCUCUGCUGCAGCCCUGGAGGGUCAGAAUCCAUAAAUCACUGCCUUACCACUGCUGCUGCUAUGGGCACUGAGCUGUUCCGAUCAGGAGCAGGAUGGGAUCCCCAUGGUUGGCACCUGUGGCUUUGUGCUCUCCACCUGCCAGGGGAUCUAAAGGGUUGAACAAUUAACAGGUGUGCAAAAAUAUCCUUACAAUAUUUUUAGCUGCAGUAUUUUUAUUCUCGUGUCCAAUGCACUGUUGAAUCAGCAGCUAAGAAUUCAUUUUCACCUCUUGUUGUGCCAUCUAUGUAAAAAUUAGAUCAAAGUUUGCUUUUCUAUAUUUAAUCUGGGUGGACAGUAUAUUAUUGUCAGCCUCUGUGGAACAUUGGAACAAUUGCAAUGUCUGUGUUUCUAAAUUGUGCUGUAGAAGGAGCAUUAGCUUUAGCUGACUGAUUGAUUCCUCAAGUUUUUUUACAAGACCAUGUAUGGAGUUUUUAUAAACUUGGCAAGUAGUUCCCAAAAGCCUGGAUCUUAAAACUGAUUUAAGAAAUAGUGACAGUCAUAUCUCAUAGUCUGCACACGUUUAUUCUGCUGCCAUUAUUCAGGGUAAUGAAUAAUUUUUGUAGAAUUUACCUUUGGCAAACGCUGAAGAACUAAAUAUGUGACUGGUUUAUAAAAACUCUGCUUGGAUUUACUAAUCUUGCCCAGCAGCCUGGACUGUACCUCCUAUGAAAUUUCAUGAUCCCCAGCAAAAGUCUCUAAUGCCCUUUCUUAACACCUGUAAAUAGAGAAGAAACAUAUUUACUGAUACUCAAAGUUGUGUUUAAUGCUGAGUAUUUUUCAGAAGUUCAUUUAGUUUGAUGCAUAUUGUUCUUUGGGUUUUUUUUGUUUUCCUGCCUGAAAUGUCAGAAGACCUAAAAGAAGCCAAAUUCUAUUUUAACAUGAUGAUGUUGAGCACUUUUUUAUUUGUAUAUGUGUGUGUAUGUGUGUUUGAGCACUGAUCUCGGUGGCAUCUCAGUGUUGUGAUUUCAUUGCCAAUGUAAAAGGUUCUGGUGUUGCCCAUUCAUUUCUGGAGACAGAAUUCAACCAAAUAAAGUGCUUCCAUUUGAAAGCGAA